UAUUUAAUUAAAUUGAUUAAUUUAAUUUAUAUUCAGUUAAUUAAAUUGGAGUAUAACUUUGGUGGAGCUGCAGAAGCGUCGUGUUGUGUUGAAAUGUUUGGCUUGCUAUUAUACUCGUCUAUAGAUUUGUUACUGUUUUUUUCAUGGGUGAAUUGUGAAAAUGAUGAUAAUGUGACCUAUCCGCAAGAUGAUUUCAAAUGUUCUCUGCCUGACGUUAAGAGUUUGGAUGCUAAUCUGGAUAUAACGAGGUUUAGAUCAGAUUUUUCGAAAAUUUCUGAGGUGAAAUUCCCUGGACUCAUAGGGCCUUUGAAUGAGAGGCUGAUAUGUAAAAUUAAAUGCAUUGAUGGCAACUGGGUGGGACCGCUUUGCUCCAAUACCUCAGAUGGUAGAUUUCAACCGAUACUAAGGGAAUGUCUAUAUCGCAAUGAUCAUCCACUUCUGGCCAUAUCAUUUAAAAAUUCAUCAAUAACCAAAGACACACAUUUUCCCCAUGGUUCCGUGCUGCUGUCUCGGUGCAAACAUUUUGGCCUGUACAAGCUGAAAGGAGACAACAUGCUACAUUGUGAGAAUGGAGAAUGGACUCCCAAACUACCCGAAUGUGUACCAACUACUGUUGUCACCAACUUUACUGGUGACGCGCCACCCACGAUACAAUACACGUUACUAAGCGGGUCGGCAGUGGUGGAGCAUUCUGGUGAACUGCACGUGUUUCCCGACAGCACGGUGCGACUCGAUUGCGUGUCGCCGCGAGCGCUCGGCGACCCGGACUGGAGCUGGACGCAGGCCUUAGGACAACACCACUCUGCGUGGUCGAGUGAGGAAGGCGAGAAGGACACUCACUACCGGCUGACGCUGAGCAAGAUGUCCGUGAGACACAGCGACCAGUAUACGUGCACCUCCCCCGGCGGUCACACCAACACUGUGCUCAUUAAAGUUGUUAAUGUGGUUUGCCCACCGAUAGUGGUGACCUCCCCGCGAAUCCGCCAGUUCACUCAGGGCACGAAGCUGGGCAACUCGGCGCACUUCAGCUGUCAGCCGGGGUUCCAUCUUAACGGCUCUGCGAUACUAACUUGCAUGGCCAAUGGUCGUUGGUCGUCACUGCCCCCUACAUGUGAAGAGACAUUCUGUCCUCUACUUAAAACGUUGGGACCGCACCUAAGCGUGGUGGAAUACAACUCAUCGUUCGGCGGCCGCGCGAUGUUCCAGUGUAGUUGGGGAUACAGACUUGUGGGGGCGCCGGGAUUGGAGUGCGAAAUGGACGGCAAGUGGUCUGGGGAAGUGCCGCAUUGUAUACCAAUAUACUGCCCCGACCCUCUGGUGCCCGCUAAUGGACGCUUAUUGACGGAGCCAUCAGUCAAGCACGGCAAGUACCCAGUGGGCGACCUCAUGAUAUAUUCUUGUGACGAGGGCUACGAAAUCGUCGGCGAAUCUUCCAUAGUAUGCACAGAAAACGGAUUUUGGUCCCACCCACCUCCAUUUUGCCUACCACCCUCAGAAAUCCGGAAAACAGACACCAUUUAUGUCGAAAAUACCACUCUGAUACACAUUGAUGAGUAAUGUCGAAGGUAUUAUGUAAACUUAUUUUUAACAGUAUUAUAUUACUUGCCAAAGUAUGCUUAUUAGUUUUUAGAUAAGUGUUAGUGAUAGUUAGGCUGUGAAAGUAUUACAUUACAUUUUAUUGAUGCAAAUUGGUUUAGAUUUGCGAAUUCAAACUCUUUGUUAAAGUUGAUGGAUAUUACAAUUACAUGAUUACUUCGCGAUAUUGCGUAAGAAAGUUGCCUCACUAAUAGACAGGAUUAAGGGAGGUUUCCACAGCAUCCUUAUAGUGUCCGCGAAUAGACUGUAUGGGUUAGCACUGCAUAAGUUUGACAAGCUACAUGUUUUAAAGGCGGCUUGUCAAAUCUUCCAAAGAGUUUUACUGUUGAUUUAUUGUUCUUGCUGUUAUUAUAUAUUUUGUAGUUUGUAAGUAGCUAGUAACAAACACAGGUUAAGUUAUUUUUGUUUUUAACAUGUUAUGGGCCUUGGCAUAUUUGAAUUCAUGUCAAUCAUAUUAAUUUUCUGCUUUGCUUUCUAUCUGUAUGUAAUUCGUUAUUCAAGAAGUGAAUGCCAUAUGCACAGCGUCUAGCCAUACAGUUCUUAUCCAAUACAAUAUUAGGAAACUAAGAAAGAAACAAAUAUUUUGAUCUCGAAAUGUAAACUAAAAUAUAUUACUUAUUAUAUUUUGAUGUUAAACCAAAGUAAGUGGUAAGUGCCAAAGUAGAAAUGUAGGUAUGCUAUUUAUACUGUUAAAACUGUAACUGUAAAAGUUUGCUUGUUAUUUAUGUUUUUACGCUAAAAGGGCUUAACUGUUUGAGAUGGAAUUCUGAAUAGACACGGUUGGCACCCAAUAGGCGAUUGACGAUUUCUCGCGGUACGCGAUUGAAUCAACUUUAUGAUAAUAGUAUAAGUAAAAUGUUAAAUAAAAGUAGGUGUUGAAACAUUGUUACUGUGCUUAGUAAUAAAAUAAUAUGUUACUAUAUUUAGUGAUUGUUAUGGCUGAACCAUAAUUGUUUGUUACUCAGUAUUAGUACCUAUAUCCAAUGCCUCCGUUGUGUAGCCAUCCUAAAUAUUGUUGAAUGUUCUUUAUAAAUCAAUACAGUUAGGUUUGUCGUUGUAAGCAUAAUAUCGUUAUUUAACUGUUGACGUUGUUUAAAUAAUA